AUGCCGGGUGCUGGGGUGCUCCCCAGCCCCGCCGAGGCUCUGCCGGGCAGAGCCCAGAGGCUGCUGGUGGCAGCCACCCAUGCUGUCAGCGGGAACCCCACGCUCCCACCUUUCCCAGCGGAGAUGCAGACAGCGAUUUUUGGCAUGGGCUGCUUCUGGGGAGCGGAGCAGCUCUUCUGGAAGAUGCCGGGGGUCUUCUCCACCCAGGUGGGCUACGCAGGAGGCUUCACCCCGAACCCCACCUACGAAGAAGUGCGCACAGGGCUGACGGGGCACGCAGAGGUGGUGAGGGUCAUCUUCGACCCCCGGAAGAUCAGCUACGAGGAGCUUCUCAAAGUCUUCUGGGAGAACCACGACCCCACACAAGGCAUGCGGCAGCAGGAGGACCUGGGCACCCAGUACCGCUCCGUCAUCUACACACUGGGCCCCCAGCAGCAGGCAGCUGCCCUCCGCAGCAGGGUGGCAUACCAGCAGGAGCUGAGGGAGCAGCGGCGGGGGGACAUCACCACUGCCAUCGAGCCGGCCGGUGACUUCUACUACGCCGAGGACCACCACCAGCAGUACCUCCACAAGGUGCCCGGGGGCUCCUGUGGCCUGAAGGGCACUGGUGUCACCUGCCCCAUCACACCCUGA